UUGAGCUAACGUAACCAUAAUUUGUAUUUCUCCUCUUUGACCUUAUUUUUUUUACCUAGAAAGGUACUUCAUUAGAAAGAAGAACACUCAUAUUUUCGGUACAGUUUUCGUAACAUAACAACGUCUAAGCUCAAAGCUCAAUAAUGAAAGUUUUUUUGCUAUGUGUUUCCAUAUCCACGCUGUGGAUUUCAUGCUUCGGGGACGCGAAUACAAAUCAGACAAAGAAUGACGAAAAAUUACCUUACGAACCGGUUGGACUUAUGAAUCGCAUCUCGAAUUAUAGUUUAGAAAGUAUAGAAGAUAGCGUAGAUCCAAUCAAAGUCGAAUUACAAUUUUUGAGGAAACGUGAUUCAUAUUGCUUCGGCGAACAAUUCAUUAACCCAAUUACACACGCAGUCGGCAAACUACUCGGUUCUGCUACCGAUGUCUGCGAGAAAGAUUUCUCAUCAGCUUCGUUUUUCUCCAGCAAGCAGAUAGAAAUCCCAAAGAAAUCUGGUAUCAUAGAAGAAAAACCAAUAGAAAUCACUCGUUAUAACGUCAACCCUUCAAGUUUCAAUCACAAUGUGCAUAAGUGUUCUUGCGAAAUCAAAGGAAAUUCUAAUCAAGAAAGUAAAUCGUAUUGCGUCGAUGGAUCGAUGUACGUCACAGAAGGAGUAAAUGGAUCAGACUCGUUCUUCAUUUUGAAGAAAUCUGAUAAUUCAGAUAAUUUCAAUUUGCAAGCUCAAAUUACGUUGACGAGCUCUCCGGCUACACCAGAAGCUCAGCCAGCUAAUUCAUCUGAUAAUGGAAAGGGAAAUUCUGUACCCACCAACACCCAAGCUAAUCCAGCUCCAUCCUCGUAAAUAAUUCAAAAUAUUUUUCUUAGAUUGUAACGAUUAAAAAAAACUUCAUACUAAAUUAAGCCAUCUAUAGAUUGAAAAUUAUUAAAAUAAGUAUGAUAUGGCACAAUAAAUUUAUACCACAUUGCAUUUAA